AUGUCAAAUGUAAAUCCUCUUCUUGACCCUUCGUUUUUCACCGACGCACCACUUAGUGAUUGGGAAUCCGAAGCAAAAUCCGAUGCUGGCAAUACAGAAAAUCAGGUUUUGGGCAUAAGUGAAACCCAUUUUUUAGGGCAGGUGGAACAGACUGAGGAUUACAAUUCGGAAACUCACGACCGUACUACGAUGGAUGUCGAUCUUGAAAGUGGCUUGGGUAUCGAAUUAUUAGGCAACAAUGGACCUGGCAGCAACAACAAGGACAAUUCCGAAUCAAACCACGAUGGAGAAUAUUCUGAGCAGGAGUAUUCCGAGCAUCUUUCCGAAGAUGGAGAGAUAUCGCCAUCAGAAUAUAGCGACGACGAUGAGAUCGACAUGGCAGACUCAUUGAGAGAAACCCAACCAUCACCUCCAUUACAAUCACCUUCAUCACCUCCCUCGUACUUACCACCUCCAACCCCAGUCUUAAGACUCGCGUCACUUUUCCCACCUGGUGCUGGGAUGCCAUCAGCGGCUGCAACCAUAGCAUACUUCGAUAGUACUAUCCGCCACGCUACUAGGAUUAACGCGAGAAAGGUUCGUGUGCAUGACACGGAGGUUACAAUGGCAGAACAUCGAUUAAGACAAUUGCCAGGGAUGUGGAGACGAUCCUCGAAAAUACCCAGUUCUCUCAGAAAAUGCUGGACUCCUUAUGAUACGUUUGAUGAGUAUUUGGAGAAUACAUUAGUAGCUGUGAACGAAUAUGGAGCGGAGGAUGGGGAGGAAGCCGACGGAGAAGAAUAUGCAGAGAACAUGGAUGGUUAG